UUGAAUUCACAGUCGAGAAUUAUACGCACCUGGGUGUUUACUCGACGUGAGGAAGAUUUUUAAGCACUUUUUGUGAAUUUUCCAGGAGUAUUGUGAAGAAGAGACUCCGUGGUGAAGCAGAGAAGGACCACACUGGUCGACAUGUUUGUCAGCGGGCUGGUUUCGGUGGCUUUGUUCAUCGCAGCGACAGGUGUGAGUGGCUAUACAGUCACCAGCAACAACAAAAAUGUGCGAGUGAAAGAGAAUGAAGGGGCCGACCUUACGUGCUCUCAUUCAGCGGACUUUGGUUCCAAUCCCAGAGUUGAGUGGAAAUUUAAGGACCCAAAAGGCUCACAGGCGUAUGUGGUCUUUAAUUCUAAACUAACAUCGCCGUACGCCAACCGAGUGACAAUGUACGGUGAUAAUCUGAGAUUCACCAAAGUGACCCGCAAGGAUAAUGGAGUGUACGACUGUGAGGUGUCCGGCAGCAGCAGCGGCCAGUUUGGGGAAGUCAGAGUGACCCUGACUGUUCUGGUGCCUCCGUCUCAGCCCCUGUGUAGGAUCCCUUCCUCAGUGACGACGGGCAAGUCAGCCCUGUUGUCCUGCCACGACAGCGAUGGCUCACCUCCACCCAAAUACAGGUGGUUCAGAAACAACGUCCUUCUGCCUCCCGAACCAAGCAAGAUUGCGGCCUUCAGAAAUGCCACCUACAAGCUAAAUGCAGACAAUGGCAACCUGGAGUUUGCUGCUGCAUCCAAAGUGGACUCCGGUCAGUACAGCUGUGAGGCUUUCAACGACGCUGGUCCUCCACAGCGCUGUAGAGCUGUGAAAAUGGAAGUUCAGCUCCUCCUCCCCUGCUCAGCAUGGAGUGUCCUAUUACAAAGCUGCAGUGGCCUGCUGCUGACCUUGAUGACACUUCCCAUGCUGCUUGAAAUUCACUGGCUGUGAAUGAGGCGCCAAACU